CUCGUUUCUAUCUAAUUCAACUUCCGAACCGCGUUUUUUUCACAUAACAAAGAAACGUUUUUUUUUUUUUUUUUCCCCCUCUUUUAGAUUUUAGUUUCGUCACUUUCUUCAAAUUCAAUUUAUUUAAUACAAAGUAUUUUUUUUUCUCCGUUGAUUGAAUAUUCAAUACGAAAUGUUACUGUAUUAGAGAGGCUGUUGUUUGAUUCCUCACGAACUGUAAAUCGUCCAAAGUUUAACUUUUGAUUUUGAUUUUUCGGGUAACAGGAUAAUUAUUUCAAAAUCGAAGAUUCAAGUCCGAAUUUACCCAUUAAUUCUGUUUAUAAUUCGUUUGUUUCGAAGAUCUGGUUACAAAUCGGACUAUGAAUUGGGGGUUUUGAUCCAGAAAAAGAAAUUAGGGUUUUUGGGUUUAUAAUGGAUAGGAGCAAAUCGUUCAAUUACUACGCAACGCAAGAGAACGAGUCUCAGAAUUCGUGGAAUAGCGACUUUGGAUUCAUCGCAAAUGAUCGCCGGCUCGCGUAUUCGCGGCAAGCUUCGUUUCACCAGUCGCAAGAGCCUCAUGCGCCAAUUUCGAUCAUCUCCAGCGAAUCUGCUAAGCCUUUUCUUUCGAGAACUGUGUCGAGCAUUGAUAUUCCGCCUGGGAUUUUCUCUAUCGAUGAUAACAAGGAAUUUUUCCGGGAAUCGGAAAAGCGACGGGGGAAAUUCUCGGUUUCGGAUUCAGUUUCCUGGGUCUUUCGGGUCGUCAGGUCCGGGAACCGUCAAACGAAGAGGCUACUGCUGUUGAUUUUCUUGAACGUCGCGUAUUCUACAGCGGAAUUGGCUAUUGGACUCUUCACGGGUCGCGUUGGUUUGGUGUCUGAUGCAUUUCAUUUGACAUUUGGCUGUGGCCUCUUGACAUUUUCUUUGUUUGCAAUGGCUACUUCCUGGAAAAAGGCUGAUCAUAUCUACACUUACGGGUACAAGAGACUUGAAGUUCUGUCCGCUUUCACUAAUGCUCUGUUUCUUUUGUUCAUGUCAUUCUCCUUAGCUGUGGAAGCACUUCACGCGUUCAUACAAGAUGAAUCGGAACACAAGCAUUACUUGAUUGUUUCAGCCGUGACAAAUCUGCUGGUAAAUCUCAUUGGAGUUUGGUUCUUCAGGAAUUAUGCACGCAUCAAUCUUGUGUAUAGGAAGGCUGAAGAUAUGAACUAUCACUCUGUUUGCUUGCAUGUUCUUGCAGAUUCCAUUCGUAGUGCAGGUUUGAUACUGGCAUCUUGGCUUUUAUCCCUCGGGAUCGAGAAUGCUGAAGUUUUGUGUCUGGGAUUAGUUUCGGUUGCAGUCUUUAUGCUUGUCAUGCCUCUCUUCAAGGCCACUGGUGGCGUAUUGCUUCAAAUGGCCCCUCCUAGCAUUUCUUCUUCAGCUUUGAGCAAAUGCUUGCGACAGAUAACCAGUCGUGAGGAUGUUACAGAAGUUUCCCAAGCUCGUUUUUGGGAACUAGUGCCUGGUCAUGUUGUCGGCUCACUCUCACUCCAGGUGAAGAGCGGGACAGAUGACCGGCCUCCACUCCAAUUUGUUCAUGGUUUGUACCAUGAUUUGGGCAUACAAGAAUUGACAGUACAAAUAGACUAUGAUUGAGUUUUGACCCAGUUGAAGACAAGUGCUUAUCAUCAAUGUACUUCAUCAAUAUCAUUUUUUUCUUUUUCGCAGAAUUACGUUCCUUCUGUUCUGUAACCUAAUAUUAUUUCUCUCUGGGAAGAUAUUCCUCUGAUUCAUGUUUUUGUGUCUUUGUUUUGACAUUUUGCACGUUCAAUUUGAUUUUUGGCUUGUGGGUGAUGGUCAAAAAUGGACAGAGAACUGGCCCGGCUGUUAUUAGUUAUAUUUGUAUAUAUUAUAUACAGAUAUUAGUCAAAUGGUAGCCUCCAUGUUUUUCUCACAGAA